AUGCAUCACCUGGAUAAUGCGCAUGCGAUACUGGCCGAUGCUGCCGGCUAUUACUGGAUCAGCACGAACAACGGACUGUUCCAGGUAGCGCAAAAAGAUAUGGAGGCGGCUGCGCUGGAGCAACGGGAGAUUUAUUACCACUGCCACAACAAGGAGAUGGGAUUCGCUUCCAAUGAAUUUAAUGGCGGUGAAAACUGUGCGCUGAAACUAUCCAAUGGCAUGAUGGCAUUCUCCGGCAUGAAAGGCGUGGUGUGCUUUAAUCCUGCACGCAUAAAACCGGUAUUACCCGAUGCCCCGGUCUACCUGCAAAAAGUGACAUUCGGCAGCAAUAUAUCCAUCGCCGUUUCUGACACCAUUAUCUGGAGCGAUCGAAAGAAGAGAAUGAAGCUCACCUUUACAACGCCCUAUUAUGGCAACAGCAAUAACCUUUACUUUUCCUAUUCGCUGGAUAACGAUUCCAUCAAUCAUUUUGAGAAGGAAGAGCUGGAAUUUAACGAGCUUUCAAAAGGAUACCAUACCAUUACUGUUUUUAAGAAAAAUGGGUUUGGUGCCGGUAAUGCUUCCAGUAAAAAGCUGGUCAUUUAUGUAACACCAUAUUGGUUUGAAACCGCCGUCUUUAAAGGCUUGGUAAUUGUGGCGCUGCUGCUGCUGGUAAUCCUUUUAAUACAUUUCCGGUUGCGUUUUCUCAAACGCCAGAAUCAGAAAUUGUCCUUGCUCGUAGACGUGCGUACGCGUGAGCUGCACAGUGUUGUAUCAGAGCUUGAAGUCAAUGAACGGAAGCUGACCGAAGAACUCUUUUUUCAGAAUCUGCUGAACAGCCAUAUCACCCAUAAUAUCCGUACGCCACUACGAUUUCUUGCUGAAGUAACGGCCCGCUUCACCGGUAAGGCAGAUGAUGCCGGUAAUAAGUCAGACCAGGUGAACCGCCAGAUCGGCAUCAGCGUGAAGGAUAUUCUUGCAACAGUAGACAACCUCACCCUGUAUAUAAAGGCAAGAGGCAAAUUAGGGCAGCAGUCCGGCGAUGAAGUGGCGCUCCGGCAAAUGAUGGAACGCCUGUUUUCGUUCUUCGGUCAUUUUCAGCACAAGCACCAGGUUUAUUUUCAAAACGAUAUUCCCGAACAGCUUGUCGUUACCACGCAAUAUGAGCUGUUGCGGCAGCUAUGCUACAACCUCAUAGAUAAUGCGGUGAAACAUGCGCAGGCCACCAGGAUAAGUGUUACCGCUUACACCGAAGAAGAGCAUGUACGGCUCAUCUUGUCAGACGAUGGUAUUGGUAUGCCUUCGGAGGAGCUCAUCUUAUUAAACCGCUAUUUUAGUACCACACAUCAAACAGGCCAGGGCGCAAGCUAUCAGGGCAUCGGUAUGAGGCUGAUCAGGGAGCUUAUACCGGUAUUAGGCAUCAGCCUUCGCUUUGAAGGCGCAGAGAAAGGUGUCCGGAUCAUCAUAGACAUCCCGGUAACGGAAACAAAAAAAUAA